AUGGAAACACCUCUUUUCAAUCACACUGUCAUCACUGAGUUUGUUUUUCUAGAAAUCACAAAUCAACCUGAGUUAAGGCUGCCUUUGUUCAUCUUGUUUCUGCUGAUAUAUGUUGUUACCUUGGUGGGAAAUCUGGGUUUGAUCGUUUUAAUCAAGGUUGACUCAAAGCUACACACUCCCAUGUAUUUCUUUCUCAGUAGUUUGGCUGUUGUAGAUGUUAAUUAUUCCUCCACUAUUACCCCCAGAAUAUUGGCGGAUCUCUUAGCAGAGAAGAAAACCAUUGGGUUUUCUGGUUGUGCAACACAAAUGCUUAUGUAUAUUAUAUGUGGUAGUACUGAAUGCAUCCUAUUGGUUGCAAUGGCAUAUGACCGAUACGUGGCAAUUUGUAAGCCUUUGCAUUAUGCUGUUCUAAUGUCAAGGAAAAUGUGUUUUAGGUUAAUAUGUGGUUCAUAUGUCCUGAGUAUUUUCUUUGCAGUUUUGCAUACUGUGUUCACCUUUACUUUGACCUUUUGUGGGCCAAACCUGAUCAAUCAUUAUUACUGUGAUAUUCCCCCACUCCUACAACUUUCUUGCUCUGAUACCCACACCAAUAAGAUAGUGAUGUAUACACAUGUUAGUAUAAAUUGUAUAGGCAGUAUGAUUAUCUUAAUCUCCUAUGUCUGUAUCUUAGCCACCGUGUUGAAAAUCCGUUCCACUGAGAGCAGACAUAAGGCCUUUUCCACUUGUACUUCCCACCUGAUUGUUGUUAGCUUAUUGUAUGGGACAAUUUUCUUUAUCUAUUUUCGACCGAGUACCAAGUAUGCAUUGGAACAAGACAAAGUGGCCUCCUUGCUCUACACUGUGUUCAUCCCCAUGCUGAACCCCUUGAUCUACAGCCUGAGGAAUAAACAUGUGAAGGAGGCUUUUAUAAGACUUCUAAAGAAGACCCUGUAA